AUGUCUGUCAUAUAUGGUCCACAACCUUUAAAGCAUCUCAAUACAGAGAUGCGACAUGGAUUUGAAGAGCAGUAUAAUAGUGAACAGUUUCUACAGUCAUUAGCCAAUGAGUUUUAUUUCUACUAUGACGAUAAAAGACAUAGAACGAAUGGUAAUCCAAUACCUGAUAAAGUCCGAAUAGAGGAUAAAGAGAAAUAUUACCAGCCUAUACCCGAUUGGAAAGUCACUAAAGAUCGUCAAAAAACAGUAAGUGCAGCUUUAUUAUUAUGUCUAAAUCUUGGAGUUGAUCCCCCAGAUGUGAUUAAGACUUAUCCGGCCUCUAGAAUUGAAGCAUGGGUCGAUCCUUUGAAUUUUCAGGAUUCAAAGAAGGCCAUUGAACAAAUUGGUAAAAAUUUGCAGUCCCAAUAUGAAACUUUAUCGUUACGGACAAGGUAUAAACAAAGUUUAGAUCCAUGUGUAGAAGAUGUUAAACGGUUCUGUAACUCUUUAAGACGCACUUCAAAGGAUGAUCAAAUUUUGUUUCACUAUAACGGCCACGGUGUUCCUCAACCUACCCCAUCUGGUGAAAUUUGGGUCUUUAAUAGAACUUAUACACAGUAUAUCCCAGUAUCACUAUACGAUUUACAGACAUGGUUGGGUGCUCCAUGCAUCUUUGUUUGGGAUUGUAACAGUGCUGGUAACAUUGUUCACAACUUCCAAAAAUUUGUUCAAAAGAGAAUUAAGGACGAUGAAGAUGGGAAUCAUGAUGUAGCAGCUCCAUCCCCUACAUCUGCAUAUAAGGAUUGUUUCCAAUUAGCAUCAUGUCGUUCUGAUGAACUAUUAUUAUUGCCUCCUGAACUGCCUGCUGAUUUGUUUACAUGUUGUCUAACUUGUCCAAUCGAAAUUAGUAUACAAAUCUUCUUAAUGCAAUCACCUUUGAAAUAUACUAAAUAUAAGAUUUUUUUUGAAAACUCUAAUCCUAGUGUAAAUAAUGACCCAAAGAAUGCAUACAAAACCAAUAUACCUAAUGUUCAUAUUCCUGGAAUGUUAUCUGAUAGAAGAACCCCACUCGGUGAAUUAAACUGGAUAUUUACAGCUGUUACAGACACAAUCGCAUGGACUUCAUUACCUCGUCCCCUCUUCAAUAAGUUAUUUAGGCAUGAUUUAAUGGUGGCUGCCCUGUUUCGUAAUUUUCUAUUGGCCAAAAGAGUCAUGCCUUGGUAUAAUUGCCAUCCAUUAUCAGACCCAGAAUUACCUUCAGAUAUAGCUAAUCAUCCAUUAUGGGAUUCAUGGGAUUUGGCAAUAGAUGAAGUAUUAAGUAAACUAGUAAGAACGUUGAAAAAUUCUCCUCCAACUUCAGAUUUGGAAUCACAGUUAGUUCUACAACAACAGGAAAUGAUUCAAAAUCAAAAAACAGGUCCUAACAAUCAGAAUUUAAAUCAACAACAACAGUAUAUUAAGCCUGGAAGUAUACAGAAUCAAUCAAAAUUUGCAGUUGGGAAUUUAAGCACAAUGUCAUUAGCAACUUUACCAAAUAUGCUUAAUACAAAGAAACAGACAAGUAAUAAUAAUAACAAUAACAAGAAUAUUUUCAUUUUACAACCACAGCAACAAUUCACAGGUUUUUUUUGA